UACAGUAUGCAACGAGUACAACAACUGAAGUCAUUCAUUCCCAAGUCGGCAGUAGUGUACUAUAAACAGCCAUUACUCAUUACAAAGGGUGAGAUGCAGUUCUUAUACGACGCUGACGGUAAAAAAUAUCUGGAUAUGUUUGCUGGAAUUGUUACUGUGUCAGUGGGACAUUGUCAUCCAAAGGUGAACGCUGCACUAAAGGCUCAACUUGAUAAAUUAUGGCAUACGACAUCGAUAUACUACACAGAACCCGUGCUAGAAUACGCAGAGAAGCUGACGGCAAAUUGUACAUCGCUGAUUGUUUCUCUUGACCUUAUUAAGGUGUGCUUCUUUGUGAAUUCCGGCUCUGAGGCAAAUGACCUGGCGUUUGCAUUGGCUAGAGUUCAUACAGGUCGAUUCGAUGUCUUGUCAUUGCGUAACGGCUAUCAUGGAAUGACUCAGACUGUCCUUGGUGCGACGAACAUUGGUGAGUUUACCAGUCUGUUAUUAAGAAAUGAUAUUUGGAGAUCUUACCAUUAG